CAUGUACUACUCCCCGGCAAUCUCUCCAUUUUCCUAGCUAUAUUGCAUUUUCUUCCUUAAUUCCUUAACUGGCCUCUUAUCAAUUCAAAAAUGUCUGGUGUUUGGGUGUUCAAAAACGGGGUUGUUCGUCUUGUCGAGAACCCGGCGGCAGAGUCGCUAGACGGAAGCCGGCCGGUGUCGAGUUUCCGCCGGAAGGUGCUGGUACACACUCCUACUAAUGAAGUUAUCACCUCCUAUACUGUCCUUGAACGCAAGCUAUCAUCUCUUGGGUGGGAGAGGUAUUAUGAUGACCCUGAGCUUCUUCAGUUCCACAAAAGUUCUACGUCCGUCGAUUUGAUUUCCCUCCCCAGGGAUUUUAGCAAGUUCAAGUCCAUGCACAUGUAUGACAUCGUGGUGAAAAAUCGUAACAUGUUCGAAGUUAGAGACAUGUAGUAUAUGAUAUGCAGUACUACUCAGCGUGUGCCUGUGCCUCUGUGUGUGCGUGUUUUUCAUUUUUCUAUUUUCUUCGGUGCUUCUAUUUAGGCUUAAUUACUGGGUUUAAUUUGGUUGUCUAGCUAGUGAUUUUGAUGUAUGAGUUUUGGAUUUUUAGUGGAAAUGUGGUUGGGAUUCAUGUACUUGAUAUAUGGUGUCAUAUGCACUUCUGUAAAUUAUAUAUAACCGUGAUUGUGAAAUGAAAAUUUGUGUUUCUU